AGUCCGGAUUCUGAAGAGCUCGCUCUGGGACCUGUGGUUUACGGAUAGCUUGGUAGCAUUCGGACUGACACAAAGCUAACGCCAAAACACCGAUUAUUUAGACUCCGGUGGGAUUCCAAUUUAAUUAACAACCACCGUGACACAUCGGACUGCCGGUACCAUGGUUGGAGUAAAAGUGAUUGGGAGCGAUCCUGACUUCCAGCCAGAGUUAGCGGCCGCCGGCUCAAGGCUUGCCGUGGUGAAGUUCACAAUGGCCGGGUGCGGGCCUUGUAUCAGAAUUGCUCCAGCUUUCAACAUGUUAAGUAACAAAUACCCACAGGUCGUCUUCUUGGAAGUCGAUGUUAAUGUGUGUGUAGCAACUGCAGCAGUCAACAGCAUCACAGGCACCCCAACCUUCUUGUUCUUCAGGAACAGAGUCAGAAUUGAUUCAUAUCAAGGGUCUGAACCUGCAGAUCUGGAAGAGAAGAUCAAACAGCACACAGAGAAUGACCCAGGAAACAACGAAGACUCGGAUAUUCCAAGGGGAUAUAUGGACCUCAUGCCUUUUGUCAAUAAAGCCGGCUGCGAGUGCCUCAACGAGAGCGACGACUGCGGCUUUGAAAACUGCUUAACGAAAGACACGUCUUACCUUGAGUCCGACUGUGAUGAACAGUUGCUGAUAACCAUGGCUUUCAACCAGCCUGUGAAACUUUUUUCCAUGAAACUCCAGUCCUCAGAGUUCGCUCAGGCCCCCAAAGUGAUGAAGGUGUUCAUCAAUCUCCCCCGAUCAAUGGGUUUUGAUGAUGCCGAACGCAAUGAAGCCACUCAAACUCUGGAUCUGACAGAAGAGGAAUACAAGGAGGACGGUCUGAUUCCGCUGCGCUAUGUGAAGUUCCAGAAUGUGCAGAGUGUCACUCUCUUUGUCAAGUCAAAUCAGGGCGAUGAGGAGACGACACGGAUCAAUUACCUGACCUUCAUCGGAACGCCAGUGCAGGCCACCAACAUGAACGACUUCAAAAGGGUUGUAGGGAAAAGAGGGGAGAGCCACUGAGCAGCUCCGAGUGGAAGAGACAAGAAUCCAACAGGUGGAAGCUGCAGAGGCUGCCAACUUGUCACUCAUCUUCUGAUGUCCUCCCAAAACUGAAUUGUCCACCACUGAUGAUAUAUAAUUCAUUUGUAUUGUAAUUGUGAUUUAAAUCACUGUAAAUAAAGCCCUCUUUUUUCAAA